AUGAUCAAAGAUAAGCCAAGAAGGUGGCAUGAGACUUUGUCUGAAGCUUUAUGGGCCUAUAGGAACUCAAAAAGAACAGGCACAGGAGUUACACCAUACAUGUUAACUUAUGGUCAUGAUGCUGUUCUGCCUAUGGAAAUGAAGGUUAAAUCAGCCAGAGUUGCUUUUCAAAAUAAUCUAACUCCAGCUGAUUAUUCUCAAGCAAUGUUGGUAGAAUUGGAAGAUUUAGAUGAAGUUAGAAGGGAUGCCUUGGAUCAUAUCAUAGCUCACAAGAAGAAGGUGAUGAGGAUCUACAACAAGAGGGUAAAACCUAAGUCUUUUGCUGAAGAAGAUUUGGUUUGGAAAGUUGUUUUGCCAGUGGGUAAAGUCGAUAGGAAAUAUGGGAAGUGGUCCCAAAAAUGGGACGGGCCAUACUUAGUCCAUCAAGUCUUAAGUGGAGGAGCAUAUAGGCUGAAGUAUUUCAGUGGCCGAUUACAUGACUAUCCCAUUAAUGGCAAGUACCUCAAGAGGUACGUACCGGCAAUCUUUGAAAGGGAAAAUUAG